GUAUCGUGCAGUCUCGACCGUGCCAGGUGAGGCAACCGCGCUAACCCAGGCUCCCGCUCCUUCCAAACAACUUCGUUGCUUAGAUGUCUCUCCUCCACCAACAACACUCUGCAAUUGUCGCAGAGAAUAAACCUUGUACAAGGAGCCUAUCUAGAGGUUGAAGUGUAAUCUACAUUUUGCCACUUUUAAGCUACAACAGCAAUGGUGACCACGUUCUCGUCGCUUCCUGUCGAGAUUCAGCGCCAAUGUCUCAACUACCUUGACACCGCCGCCUUGAAAUCGACACGGUUCGUCUCCAGAGCUCUCAGCGACAUCGCCGCAGAAGCUUUGUUUGGUGUGGCCACCCUUCGCUUCACGGUGCAGAGUGCGAACAGGUUCAGCGGCUUGUUGCAGCACCAUGUGUUCCGCCGUUACAUCCGUCAGAUCAAUCUUGAGACUCAAUGGGAAGAUAACAAGAACCCCGACGAUGGGUGCUAUGUUCACCCGCCGCCGGGAUGGUGGAGAGAAAGAGCUGCUGAAUGGACUUCUGCCCGCCCGCCGAACCUACACACGCUGGUGCUAGACACCGCCUAUGCAUGCGUCAACAAUCAUUGUUCGGCUCUCGGCUUGGCUUUUAACGAGUUUCUCUCCCGUGGAGCGAUGGACUCUCUGACGGUCAAGCACCUCCAAGACGACUGUCAAGUCGAGCGGCCAAAGCUCGCCCACUCUUCCACUAAGCUUCACAAGCUACAUCUCCUGAUCACUACAUGGAGCAACGACGCCUCCACGGACUUGGAUAUCGAGAUCCGUCACCGCCAUGCUCUGUUCAACAUGUACUUGAGUGCAACGUGGCUGGAGCCGUUGCAGUCCCAACUCACACACCUAACGCUUCACUGCAACACCUACUGGGGCAUCUAUCCACGGUGGCAACCAAACAAUCUGCACUUUCCGAAUCUCAAGUCUCUAGCGUUCGGCAAAUGGACCAUUGCCCAUGACUGGCAGAUUGACUUCAUCACCUCGCACGGCCCAACGCUGGAGCAACUGGUCUUCACCCGCUGUCCCAUCAUGCAUGCAUCGCGCUUGACGCGACGUCAGGUGCACAACCUAUGGUCAGAACGGCUCCCAGGCACAUCGCGCAGCGGGCCACCGACAACGAACCACUUCUCCGACUUGCGAUGGCACGCAGUCCUCCGACAGCUCGCGAGCGCCUUACCGAAGCUGAAGCACUUCUCCAUGGGUCGCGGUCCAAUUGACCGAGUUGAUUUCUACAAGCGUGCACACUGUGCCGACACAGGCUUCGCGGAUCGCUACAGCCAGCCUCCUACCAUUGACUGGUCGCGCUACGUGAUAUUUGACAGCGGCGACGGACCUUCGGAAUGGCGAGAGGCUGAUGCUGAGCGUGGGGGACGCUAUGCGAUCGCUGAAUGGGAAGACUCGCGUUGGCCUGAGCGUGAGAAUGACGCCGAUGUGAAGAGGAGGGUACGGUUUCCAGACUGUUUGCAGGACGAUCAAGAUGCUUUGGAGGAGCUGCUCAGAACGCUCAGAGCGAGGUGGUGGAAUGUUUAGAAAGAGGUGGUGGAAUGUUUAGAAAGAGGUGGUGGAAUGCUUAGAAAGAGGUGGUAGAAUACUUAGAAAGAGGUGAUAGAAUGCUUAGAAAGAGG